AUGGACUCAGUCCAAGUCACGUUGACAACAGCUCCUGUCUCCGCGAAAGUGCCCGCCACCUCGCCCAUCCCUGAGGAGAUGGACAAGCUACGAGCCGAACUAAGUGCCGCCCUUGAGGCCCUGAAGCAGAAGUCGGCCCUCUGCGAACAACUGUUCGCAAAGACGAUCGAACAGGGGAAGAAGGAAAAGAGGGCCAAGGCAAACCUGCCGGCCAAAAAUCAACUAUCCCCUGCACGUAGACUAGCUGCUAGCGUUCGCCUUUUCAAAGAAGAGACUGGACCCAGCGGAUUCGAAUACCUCUACCUCCCUCAAAAUCGGAGAAUGAACCGCUCCGAGGCUCGCACAAGUCUCAGAAGAUUGGGACUAGAACCGUCCCGGCUACUGGACAUCAUCAUGCCGACUAGGAAGGUCAUUGGCCUCCUGGUCCAUUUUCAGUAUGCUCCAAAGGUUAGGGAAGUACUAGCCAAGCACGGGCUCAAGCCCAUCGAGUUUGACCCCACCGACUCUACCACAUCGCCGACCCGAAGCAUGCUACCCUUGCUGCGGAUGAUCGAAAGCAGCUGGCCCACCGCAUCCAUGCCAAUAUACAUGCGCCCCGAGGUGCCCACCGCCGUUGGCCGAUACUUUGUCGACCAACAAUGGUUGACCCUUGAGCAAUUUGCUGCUGCGCGUCAUUUCCCCACUGAGGUACAGCAAAUACUGGACAUUGCCGCAUCCCACUCCCUUCAUUUAGGUUACCGAUGGAGCCCGACAAAAUAUGCAGUGCUCAACGGCCCAGCCUCUCGACAGUUCACGCUGUACGAUGAAACCCUGCCCACAGUAGUUGAAUUCAUCUACCUUGGAGUCCCAUUCCAACGCCAGGGCAUGUCCACCUCUUCCCUUUUUUCCUACCGCACACCAGGUAUCAUCUUCGCCAUGGGUGCCCGCCCCUCUGGCUUCAAACAACUCCUUAGAGCUCGCCUGUACCGCACAUUCAUCCGACCAAAAUUCGAAUAUGCGCUCGCCAUCUCCAACUUCGGGGUCAAAGAACACAAAGACCUCGAACGGAUCCAGGAUCGAUGCCUACGCAUGCUCUUUGGCGGUCACCGCUUGUCUUCCAGCACCUUUGCAAUCUUCCGUCCAUGA